AUACGUUUCACAACAUUCGAGCCGGAGAAGCCAGUGUCAAACACGUUUUAGUUGCGAUAGUGUUGGAUAAUUGAAGUUGAUAUGUUUCCCGGUGCUAAAAACAACUGUGGUGGAAGUGAAAUGAGCAUCACCCAAAGAAAACACUGUGUGGAAUAGUUAUGCAGUGAAAAGUCAUUUGUGAAGUGUGAAGAAAAUUUCACUGCCUCAAAAUGCCUUUCGCUCAAACCCGGCUCGAGAGUCUUCAGGUCUGCAAACUGCUUCAGUGUGUGAGAGAGCAGGACAGAGUCCAAAUAGAGAAGUUAACAACAAGUGGGAUACCUCACCUGGUCAAUUAUAAUGACCCGAAUGACGGAGACACUGCCCUGAGUGUGGCAGCGUGUGCUAACAAUGAUGACAUGAUUGAAUUCUUACUGGGUCUGGGGGCUCAUCCAGACGUGAUGGACCUGAAGGGACGGACGGCUGCAAUGAGGGCAGCUGAGUACGGCCAUGUUCAGUGUCUGGAAAAACUGGUCAAGGCUGGAGCUAACAUGCAACUGACUGACCUUCAGGGAAAAGGUAUCCUAUUUUACUGUAUAUCGCCAACCCAACGUCACGAGAAGUGUUUUGAGAUAGCACUUGCUCAUGGGGCUGAUGUCAACAAUAAAGCCAAAGAUGGAACACAUGUGUUCUUAUAUGCAUGUCUAACCGCUGUUGAAAAUGCAGACAUGUGCUGCCUCAUGCUGAAGAAAGGAGCAGAACCAAAUGCCAAAAAUGAUAAAGGAAUGACAGCUCUAAUGGCUGCUGCAAACAGUGGUAGUUUGGCAGUGACCAAGGCUAUCCUGGAUAAAGGUGCCAAUGUGAAUGCAUUAGAUGGCAAGAAAAACCAUGCUGCUCAUUUUGCUGCCAAGGGAGGGUUUUUACCAGUUUUAUGCUGCCUGUCAGCCUACAGUGCUAACUUUAACUUUACCAACAACGAAGGGAAUAAUGCUAUUCAUGUAGCAGCGAAAGAGGGAUUUGGUGCUUGUUGUCGAUUCCUAGCUCAAAGAGGUUGCAAUCCGAAGAUCAAAAAUAAUGAAGGUGAAACAGCUAAAUCUCUAGCAAAGGAGAAUGGCAGCAAGGAAUCAAUGAAAGAAGUUAAAAAAGCAGAGAAAAUGUUUGGGAAAACAGGGAAGAACAAUGACCCUUGGGUGUUAUUAUUGUAUGACUGGGUGUAUGAGCGGCAGCAGAAAAUCAUGGACAUGUUUACAAAGUUUGACCCCGACGCAAAGGGCACGAUUAACACGGACGACUUCAUCGACAGUUUACAGGGAUUGAACGCUCCGGUGGAGGAAGAAGAGCUCAAAAAGAUUGCCAUUCUGCAUGACAAGAAUAAGGAUGGCACUGUGAACUAUAGUGACUUUAUCGCGGGCAAGAAAUAUGUCAAUAAAAACUAUCUUAUGAGCUCAUUUGAAGGGAAAAAGAAGAAGAAAAAAAAGGGAGGUAAAAAGGGCAAGAAAGGCAAAUUUAAACUGGCAAUGCCCAUCUGCACGCUCCCUGAGGGGGAGAGGACGGCGGGUGGGGGACCACCCGAGAUGUUCAUAGAAAGGCAUUUACAUAUGACGGACACAGGGCGCUUCAACCGUGACCAGCCCCCGUCACACCCACUACAGGAUGACUCUGCCUGGUACAUGCAUCAGCCACAGAAAUCCUACAUGAACUUAAACGAAGCUGCUAAAAUGGGAGAUUUUGAUUCACUGAAGGGCGCCCUCCAGCGGGGCACCCCGAUAGACACCAGGGACAAGUACUACAAGACACCUCUGAUGGUGGCAGCAAGCUCUGGCAACCUGGAUAUGGUCAAAUUCCUACUAGAGAAUGGUGCCAAAGUUAACACGAGGGAUAACUUCAAAUGGACGCCACUGCACCAUGGCUGUCAUGGAGGCCAGCUGGAUGUUGUGCAGCUGCUACUGGACAAUGGCGCUGAGAUGGAUGCGACAACGAUGAAUGGCGGUACACCAAUCAUGAGGGCUAUAGAGAGCUCCAAGCUGGAUGUUGUCCAGUACCUCAUUCAGAAAGGAGCCAAGCUACAAGUAGAAAACAAGAAAGGUGACAAUCCAGUAGACAUUGCCAUUUCCUGGGCAGACAUCAGAGUGCUGGAUGUUGUUCAGGCCAAGUGGGAUAGCUUACCAGCACCCUCAGACAAGAAGAAGAAAGGUGGCGCUGGCGGAGGCAAAAAGGGAGGCAAGCGGCCAACAUCAAGUGCAGCCGAUGGCAAUACAUCUCCAAAGUUUGGUCAGAACAUGAGGUCCCAGAUGGAGAUGCCUCCAUUACAGAGGAAGGGUUCUAUCUUGAGGGCAGCGUCUGCAUUGGCUGGGGGUCUAGAUGACCACGAGGACAUCACCUACGUGCCUCGCAGAGCCUGGACUGAACAAGCCACCACUGAGCAGCUUAUCCACGCCAGGCAGGUUCAGCGAGAGCGAUUUGGCUGGGAGGUUGACUUUGAGGACUUUAAAAUGCCUUUUCUGAAAAAUGUGUGUGUUCGAGCAGCUCAGAUUGAAGCAGAAGAUGAUUAACGUGUGCUAUCUUCAUAGGUCUGUAUGUGGUAAUUUUCGUAUAAUAUAGAGUGGCUGGCCUCAUGGCCUCAUUACUUGCUCUAAGAUGAGAUUGGGAAACUGUCUCAAAAAGCCCAAGAGGAACUGGAUAGAAACCCUCAUGCUCCAUAGAACACAAGCCGUGUAAACCAAAGACAGCCUUUCUCCUCUUAACAGUGGAUGUAAAACAGAGAGUGAAUAGAGAGACAGUAUCAGCUAACACCAACUUUGCUCUCAAAUCCCUGUUUACAUGUUCUUGGGCAGACCAUGUCUGAAUCACGUCAGACACUAUUCCAGUGGUUUUGAUGAAGAUUGCUUUUGUUCUUGAACAUGUGGCAAUGUUGCUUUUGUUCUUGAGUAUAAGGAUGUUGCAACAUAUCUCUAUGUUUCUGUUGACUGAGCUAGUUUCCAUCAUCAAAACUAAAUUUACUCUAGAAUUGACGAAACCAUCAGCAGAAAACUAAGACAAAGUUUGGUAUCAAAGAAGAAAAAUCUUAUUUUACACCAAUUGUAAUUAUGUAAUAGGAUGACAAACAAUUACUACAGAUUGGUUGAAAUAAGCAUCAACAUUUUGACUGGGAAU